AUGGUCUUCAUCUACUUGGGCAAAAAGGCCUACCGCGCUAUCCAGGCCAAGAAGAACGCCAACCAGACAAAGACUGCACAUACACUUAACGCCGCUGUAGCUGAGGGGGACAUUCCAGAGGAUGUCGCCAGCGAGGGCGCCACCGACCAACACAUCGGCACUCAGGGCAAGGUGGAACGAACGACGAGCAACUCAACAUGCAACCACCAAUACGACACGACAGCUGGAGCAUGUCCGACUUGCAAGUCUGAAAGCAAGGCACGACUGGUCUACAGAGUCAGGAUCUUCGCAGGCCUACUUCUGCCAUUCGUGCUGCAAGCUCUGGAUGUCACUAUUGUUGCGAGUGCGCUUCCUUGGAUCGCAGCCGACUUUCGUGAAACUAGUCAGCUGAACUGGAUCAUCGCCGCCUUCAACCUCACAUCUGCUGCGUUCAUUCCCUUCUGGGGCCAAAUUGCGGAUAUUUUUGGGCGUCACACCUCCCUCCAGACCUGCCUGGUCCUGAUGCUCAUCGGCAGUGCGCUUUGCACCGGGGCCCCCACCUCCGCCUACGCCGUGCUCCUCCUCGGCCGCGCCUUUCAAGGACUCGCCUGCGCUGGACUGAAUGUUCUGGUUCGUAUCUGCAUCGCAGACCGAGUGACGCUGCGUGAGAACGCCAAGAACUGGUCCAUCUUCUCCUUCUUCGGUGGUGUCAUCGGCUGGGGACUUGGUCCUCUGAUCGGAGGCCAAAUCACCUCAAAGUCUCACUGGAGAUGGUGCUUCGGACUCAAUCUGCCCAUCGCUUUCGCCAGCAUGCUCAUCAUCUACUUCGUCCUCCGCUCCGAACUUCUUGGGCCUCAACCGAUUCCCCAGCUUGACGAGACGACAGAAACGGGCAGACGCACCACCUUUGCGAAGCGUCUUCAAACGAUCGAUGUCGGCGGCCAGUUUCUCUUCCUGUUCGGCUUCGGUCUGUUGAUUCUCGGCCUUUCAUGGGCCGGCGCAACGUACGCCUGGGACAGCGCCGCGGUGCUCGUCACCCUCAUCCUCGGCUUCAUCAUCAGCAUCUUGUUCAUAGUCUACGAGUACCACAUGGCUCCCGGCAAGUUUCUCGCUCGUCAUUUCCCUUCCCAAAAGGCCAUGAUUCCGUGGGAGCUAGUCCGCACAAGGGACAUUGGCCUCUUAUUCUACACAUCCUUCGCCACCGGCAUGGCAAUGUACUCGGUCCUCUACUUCUGCAACAUCUACUUUACGAUGGUAAAGCUCUGGUCAGCCGACCAGGCCGGCACGCAGCUGCUGUAUUUCACGCCUGGAUUGGGCGUCGGAGUCUACGUCUCCGCCUUCAUGUGCAACUCAUGGCCUAGGAAGACGUUCCCUCCAAUCUUCCUCGGCUCGAUCUUGGAGAUGGUCGGUAUCGGCUUGAUUGCCUGGGCCAUCUCCACCGAGCACGACCCGACCGUCUACGGAAUGAUGGCCCUCACCGGUGUCGGCACCGGUCUCCGUGUCAUGCCGGUUCCCCUCCACGGUAUCGGUCACUUCCCUAAGAAGAUUGCAGCCGUCGUCUCCCUCAUGGCCGUUGCCUACCCCUUUGGAGGCACUGUGGGCUUGACGAUCUUGACCACGGUAUACAACAAUGUGUCCGGCAUCAGCAACGAUUCCCCUCUGAGAGACUUCACCACGUUGAAGAAUUUGCCGGCUGCGGAGCAAGCUGCAGUCACCCACGACGCCAAGAUGGGUAUUGUCUGGGCCUACGUCGCCAUCUGCCCCUUUAUGAUUAUCUGCACAAUUACUGCCUCAUUCCUGGGCAACGUCUACAUUUCCAGGACCGAGAGUGAGGGGCAAAAUGCCAUCUACAGAGGGGUGUAUCUGCUCAAGCCUUUCCGCAAGGAUGCCGAUAAAGAGAUCACGACCACAGAGCACCAUUCGGCAUAA